CACAAAAAAUACGAGAUAACGUACUUCCAUUUCUCAGACACCCCUAAACAAUACUGCUCAAGGAAUAACCAAACACGAAAUUCAGCUACACAACAAAGGGAUUUAAAUCACUUUUCGAGCUUCAGACUAUCCAAAUUGAUGGCCUCCUUGCCUUCUGCUGUAGUUGGCAACACUCUCAAGCUCGAUCCUGACUUCAAACGUCACAUUCCACCUUCUCUUACAUUCGAUAAGAAAAACUAUGGGAAUAAUGCACAACUGGAUAAAGCUUUGGACCCUUUUAGUAUGGAGUUCAAUGAAGCAAUUGCAAUAGUAAAAGAAUGUAGUCUGAAAGUUGAGUCCGCUGCUUAUCUUCCACUGUUGCAAGAAUGCAUAGAUAAGAAUUCAGUUUCAGAAGCACAAGUAAUUCAUGCCCAUAUCAUAAAAACUGGCACGCAUCAAGAUUGGUUUCUCAUGACAUUUCUUGUUAAUGUAUAUGCAAAAUUUGGUACGGUGGGAAAUGCUAGGAAAGUAUUUGACAGUUUGCCUAGGAGAAAUGUGGUUUCUUGGACCUCCUUGAUGUCCGGUUAUAUUAAAAGUUCAGAGCCAGAGCGUGCUAUUGGUGUUUUUGAAGAAAUGUUGGAAGCUGGGGUGUAUCCCACGAAUUAUACGUUGGGGCUUGUUUUGAAUGCUUGUUCAUCAUUAUCGGAUAUUGAAUUAGGGAAGCAAAUUCAUGGUUUUAUUUUGAAAUAUCGGAUUGCGGAUGACACGAGCAUUGGAAAUGCACUUUGUAGUUUGUAUUCUAAAAACGGGAUUUUGGAUUCUGCAGUUAAGGUAUUUCAAAGCAUUGAGGAAAAGAAUGUUAUUUCGUGGACUGGUGUGAUAUCAGCUUGUGGGGAUAAUGGGAACCCUGCCAAGGGGUUGGAUUUUUUUGUUGAGAUGCUACUUGAGGGUGCAGAGCCAAAUGAGUUUACAUUGACUAGCGUGUUGAGUCUGUGCUGUGUAAUCCAGGCUUUGGAAGUUGGGAUGCAGGUUCAGUCUUUGAGCAUUAAACAUGGUUAUGGAUCUAAUUUACGUGUGAUGAAUGCGGUUAUGUAUUUGUACUUGAAAAAUGGAUGCAUUAGUGAGGCGAACCAGUUGUUUGAUGCAAUGGACAUCGUCAGCUUGGUAUCAUGGAAUGCUAUGAUUGCAGGCCAUGCUCAGAUGAUAGAUCGUGCAGAAGAUGGAGUCUCAGCACAUCAAAGUGGGAUUCAGGCUCUCAAGAUGUUGUUGAGAUUGCACCGGUCUGGUUUAAAGCCAGAUUUAUUCACCUUCUCAAGUGUAUUGGAUGUAUGCAGUAGUUUGGCUGCUCCGGAACAAGGAGAACAGGCUCACGCUCAAACAAUUAAAUCUGGGUUCUUGUCUGAUGUAGUUGUUGGAACUGCUUUAGUCGACAUGUACGGCAAAUGUGGAAGCAUUCAGGGAGCAAGUAAAGCUUUUCUUGAGAUGUCCACCAGGACUAUGAUAUCCUGGACUGCAAUGAUUACUGCUUUUGCCAGGCAUGGCCAGUCACGACAGGCAUUACAGCUUUUUGGGGAUAUGAGGUUUGUUGGAGUAAAGCCAAACAAGAUUACUUUUGUAGGCGUUCUUGCAGCUUGCAGCCAUGCUGGAAUGGUCGAUGAAGGAUUGGCUUACUUCAACAUGAUGAAAAAUGAGUGUAAAAUCAAGCCUGUGAUGGACCAUUAUGGAUGCCUGAUUGAUAUGUUUGUGAGGUUAGGUCGGUUGGAAGAAGCUUUUGACCUUAUCAAAAAGAUGGAUUUUGAGCCCAACGAAGUUAUAUGGUCAAUGCUAAUUGCAGGCUGUAGAAGUCAUGGGAAAUUAGACUUGGCUUUUCAGGCAGCGGAGCAACUGCUCAACCUUAAUCCAAAGGACUCAGAGACGUAUUUGUCGUUGUUAAAUUUGUACUUCGUUGCGGAGAGAUGGAAGGAUGUUUCAAGGGUGAGAAAAAUGAUGAAAGCUGGAAAAAUAGGAAAACUGAAAGAUUGGAGCUGGAUGAGCAUUAAAGACAAGGUUUAUUCAUUUAAGCCCGAUGAUCAACAAGGUUUGAUGAAAGAGGUUGAAGAAUAUCUGGCGGAUUUACAUGAGAGCGUAAAGACUCUUGGAUAUGAAUUCCAAGCAAAUUUUGAGGCGAUAAAUUCUGAAGAGCAAGAAACAACUUCGUCUACCGUUCAUCACAGCGAAAAAAUGGCAGUUGCAUUUGGGCUGUUGAAUACACCAAAUGCUGCACCAAUACGGAUUAAGAAGAGCAUUAGCAUGUGUAAGGAUUGCCAUAAUUUUGUUAAAUACAUCUCAAUGUCAACUUCAAGGACAAUUAUAAUCCGAGACAGCAAAAAGCUGCAUAAAUUUGUUAAUGGACACUGUUCAUGUGGGGAUUUCAGCAGUCUCCUUUGAUAUGUUGUGAAUUAAAUGAAAAAGCUAGGUUAUCUCAA